AGAGGAAACGGGGGUAGUACGAAGAUGGCGAAAAACAUAGGUAAUUAAAGAUGCCAAACUUGAAGCGCCCUUUAAAUUUAAAGGCCAAAUUGUUUUAAAAGGCAUGAACCGUAAAAACCUUUUAACUUGAAUGUGAGCAGUUGGCUAAUGAGACAAUAGUUUCAAUUCAUUGGCCCCCGCUUGUUCAAAGGUUGGAUAUCACUAUUGACUGGAUAGCUAUUUCCGUUUGGCCAUUACCUAUCUGCCGAAAUGUAAUUUAUUUCAACUGUUUUUAUACAACUGGACCCAGGACUAUGAUUCCUCUUUCUCGCACAAACAAGGUUUACUCGAAGGAAAAACAAAGCAAGUUUUGAAGCAGUCAAUCAAUCAAUUAUCGAAAGUCGACAACACUGUCAAGUUUUGAUACUGUCUUGGAUUUUCAUCAGUUUGCAAUGUCUAUGAAUUUUUAAGCUGAAUCAAGUAGUUAGACGUGAAGUACAAGGAAGAUUCCCAUGCAGAACAAACAGCUUUUCUAUUUUCAGCGAUGGUGCUGAAACAGCCUUUUAAAGAUGAAAAGUCGACUUCCUGAUUUUGACGCUAAUCAGUCUUUUGACGUCAUACUUGUGCUUCUUUGUAUUCUUCAAUGGCUACCAUGGCAACGUUCCCUCCAGUACAUCAUUCGCACGAAAAUCUAUCCAUCUGCCCUCUGCCAAGUGACUUCCUCGAUCAGGACAUGCAGCACUUGUGGAGCCUUGUGAAUCCUGGUCCUUUAAAUUUUGAAGAAGAAUUUCUCAAUGGUUCCAUGGAUUUCACCAUGUUGAACGAUAUGGCAGACGAAAAUAGCGUUGUUGAUUCAUUAUAUAACCCACAAACGGAUCUCGGUGCGCAAGGCGGGGUAAAUACUUUCCAAACGCCUCCUACACCAGAACCUGAGCCAGAUUUCCCACAAAAAUUUUCCCCUGAGAUUCAAGCGGUAACCAGUCAACCACAGCAAAUGUCAUCUCAUGGCCUUAAUAUUUUGAAUGAAGGAAACUUUAAGAGCCAAGAGAGAGAGCCAACAUCUCCCAUGGAGAUCCAGCAAGGAGAACCCAGAGAUUCUACAGAAAGUAAGAGGACGGAAAACAACGAUCUGGAAAGUAAGAAAGAUCUUUUUCCAAAAGUUGAUCAAAAGUCUAUGAUAAGAAUUGGUGGGAGAAAAGGCUGAGUAUUCCUUUCUCCU